CGGGAACACCGGACCCCGGGAUUGCCGCUCCCGCGGAGCCGGGAUCGGGGUGCCCGGCACUGGGAGCGCUGGUCAGGCUGGGAGCAGCGCGGGGGACAUGCCUGGAGCUGGAUCCCUGCGGAGCCUUGUCCAGCUCGCCUGGAUGUGCCUCUUCUCCUCCGUGCCGCACGGCGAGGCCAAGGUGCUGGAGAAGACCUUCGAGGAGUGGCUGCGGUACCGCGACGAGUGCCUGAGGAGGAUGGCGAGCGAGCCCUACCCCGCAGGGCUCUUCUGUAACAGGACAUUUGACAUGUACGCCUGCUGGCCCGACGGGAGCCCCGGCACCGCCGUCAACGUCUCCUGCCCCUUCUACCUGCCCUGGUUUGAGAAAGUGAAACACGGGCUGGUGAGCCGCAGGUGUGGCACCGACGGCCAGUGGGUGACAGUGAACGGCAGCCAGCCCUGGAGGGACUACUCGCAGUGCGAGGAUGAGCUGGAGGUCACUGCUGAGGAGGAAGGCGCCCGCCGCCUCAUGGUGAGCUUCAAGGUGCUCUACACCGUGGGCUACUCGCUGUCACUGCUCACCCUCAUCUCCGCCCUGCUCGUCCUCACCGUCUGCAGGAACCUGCGCUGCACCAGGAAUUACAUCCACGCCAACCUGUUCGCCUCCUUCGGGCUGCGGGCCACCUCGGUGAUGGUGAAGGACGCGCUGCUGGAGCGGCGCUGGGGCGUGGAGCUGCUGCAGGUGGCUGACUGGGAGGCUCUGCUGAGCCACGAGGCAACGCUGGGGUGCCGUGCAGCUCAGGUGCUGAUGCAGUACUGCAUCCUGGCCAACCACUACUGGUUCCUGGUGGAAGCUGUCUACCUCUACAAGCUGCUCAUCGGGGCCGUGUUCUCCGAGAAGAACUACUACAGGCUCUACCUCUACCUGGGCUGGGGGACCCCCGUGGUGUUCGUGGUGCCCUGGAUGGCUGCCAAGUACCUGAAGGAGAAUGCAGAGUGCUGGGCUCUCAAUGAGAACAUGGCUUACUGGUGGAUCAUCCGCAUCCCCAUCCUGCUCGCCUCCCUGAUCAACCUGCUCAUCUUCAUGCGGAUCCUCAAGGUGAUCCUGGCCAAGCUCCGGGCCAACCAGAAGGGCUACGCCGACUACAAGCUGAGGCUGGCCAAAGCCACCCUGACCCUCAUCCCCCUCUUCGGCAUUCACGAGGUCGUUUUCAUCUUCGCCACCGACGAGCAGACCACGGGCAUCCUGCGCUACGUCAAGGUCUUCUUCACCCUCUUCCUCAACUCCUUCCAGGGCUUCCUGGUGGCUGUGCUCUACUGCUUUGCCAACAAGGAGGUCAAGUCUGAGAUGAAGAAGAAGUGGCAGCUCUGGAAGCUCGACCACCCGGUGCUCUGCUGUGCCCAGUGAGGGGGUGACCAGCCAGGGCACAGGGCCUGGCUGGAGGGCAGGAGGCUGCAGGAAGCUGUGCUGGGCAGUGCCCACUCGGGAUGGCCAGGCUGGGACACUGCAGCUGCUGAAGGGACAUCCCUGCUGUCACCCAAGUGGGAGGUGGCACCGUGGCUGUCCCCUCAGCAGGGCUGUGUGGGCAGCACAGCAGAACCUGGCAGCCUCCCCCAGGACACCCCCACCCACCUGGGCACCCCUGGGGGAGCCUGAUCCUCAGCAUGGGAAUGGGAGCUGCUGCCCAAACCCUGCAGCCAGGGCCACCCCACAGCCAGGGCCACCCCACAGCCAGGGCUUCCCUGUCCCCCCCAGUCCUAGCCCAGGCCCAUCUCAGCAGCACUGGCAGCUCCAGACACCCACAGCCAGCCUGGAAAGCUCCUCACAGCGAGGGGCUGCUCCUGCAGCACCCAUCCCCUCCUCGCUGCACAAACCUCCUGGUGCCCCCUCACCAAGGGUGCAGCCUCAAAACCACCGAGGAGUGAAGGACUUGAGAGCAGAGCCCAAUCUCCCCCAUCCCACUUCAGCAUCCAGCCCAGCCUCCUCGUGCUUUGUGGAAGGAAAGCUGGAUUUGCAGGCCUGGCAGGAGCUCAGGAACCAUUGUGCUGGCCAAAGGCUAAAAUCCUGGGAGUUUGCUUUCCAGUGGGGUGCCAAAGCAUCACCCCAGGUGCAAGGGAAGCAGCUGAGGUGGUGUGGUUUGAGCAGGGCUGCCCCUGUCCUGGUCCUGUGCUGUCCUGGAGGAGCCCAGAGCAGCUGGAGACACCCCCACCCCUCACUCACACAGACACACUGCCAGAGCUCGUCCCCACCACAGUCCUUCCUUUGCCAUGCACAAAAGUCCCCUCCAGGCCAGAGGAAGCAGCUGGGAUGCUGCAGGAGGUGCCUGCCAUGGACACAGGAGUUUCUCCGGGUCCUGCCCCUUCCCUGAAGGGCUGGGGGAGCCUCUCCCAGUGCCCCAGGGAGGAGCUGCCUCCAGCACACAAAGGAAAGAGGCUGCACCAGGCUGGAGUCACACAGGAACAGUCCUGGAUCGA